AUGAAGCAGUUCCUCUCCUACCUCACGAUAGGCCUUGCUGCGGCAACUACUUCUGUCGCCUCCGACGAUGUAACGAUUUUUAUACCUGAGAUUACACCUGCUUCCAAGCAUUCAGAUGGCCGGCAGAUCUCUCCGGAUAUUGCGAGAUGGAUACUCGCAAGGCGAUUAGGAUGGCCGGGCACCUCGUUACGUGGAGACAUUGACGAGGAGGUUUUGCAGGGCCUGGAUGAAUUCGGGGGGCAGCAGCCUGUAGCCUUUGGGGAUUCGAAUCUAAAGCAACCGUCUCAUAAACUACUUGUCGUGUUGCAAGGAUUUGACCAGGCCAAAGAUGCUCAAUCAAAGCUCGGCCGUGUUACAGUAACUGAGGCUUUACCCGAUUUUAUAGAGGCCUCGUUUCUCAACGGCCUCCUCUCAGAACCCUCCCCCCGAAGGCCAAACUCCCGCCUAUGCUCAUAUCAUUGGGAGUGGGACCCAGUGGUAGCGGCUGAUUUGGUGUUUCGAAACACGAACGGAUUAGAUUGCCCUUCGGAAGCACCCUUUCUAAACGAGUUCAAAGACGCGUUUUCUGAAGAACGUGGCGAUAUCGAAUCCCUUCGGAGAGUUGUCCAGACCCAUUUUGGGGGUACGCCGUUUGAGCCUGGGCAACACGUCUCUGCUAUUCUCCGACUCAGCCCUCAGGUCCAAGAAAAGCCAGUUUCGUCCGAUAGAUAUUUGUCCCCAAUCCUCACCUCAGCGGAAGCCUCGAUAGUGGAUACCACCGUCGUUGUUCUACCCGGAAACCGCUGGAAAUCGUCAUCAUUCUCAAAGUCAGAACCCUCCAUCCAAUCUUCAGGAUAUUCACACAGACGCCAUUCAUCACACCUUCCCCCAAUGUUUCCUCGCGACUCCAACAUGACGAAACCUAAUAACACCCUCUCCACCCUCCUCCCCGUUUGUUACGCCACGAACGACACCUGUACCACCCGCACUAACUCCUGCUCCGGCCACGGUUACUGCUACCUCAAGCGCCAAGGAGCCGCCAAAGGAGGUGAAUGCUAUGCUUGCAAAUGCCUUCGCACAGUUGACUAUACCGAUCCCGACAAAAAUACGACCAAAACCAUCCAGUGGGGCGGACCGGCGUGCCAGAAGAAAGACGUAAGCAUGCCGUUUUGGCUAUUGGGCGGGUUUUCGCUACUGUUGGUUGUGGGAAUCUGGUUCGCAAUCGGGCUGUUGUGGCAGAUGGGCCAGGAAGAAUUGCCGAGUGUUUUGAGCGCUGGUGUUACGGCACCCAGAGCACAGAAGUGA